AUGGACGUGCGGUUUGAGACGAAGCCCCCGAAGGACCCGCCUCCGUUUGGGCCACAGCUUCGACCCAAGCGUUUACUUUUCAUCAGGACUGGAAUCAGACCCGUUUUAAAUGAUCCUCAGGCUGCAUCCCGAACCGCACCUGAAUGCACGUGUUUACGACAGGAAGCCAUACUUGUGACUGCGCUGCUUCUAGAGGAAGCUCGCUCCCGUGUGUGUCUCUGCGCUGCUGCACGCUCGCGGUGUUCGGACCGGCUGUGCGCGCGCUUUACCGGCUCCGAGAAAGAAGCCAUAUCUGGAUCCUCUGACCUCGGCCUUUUAUUGCCCGAGUCUGAGUCUAAAUAUAUCGCAACCAAUCAGAUCACAGUCCCCGCCCCCAAUGUCACUAGAACCAAUCAGAUCACAGUCCCCGCCCCUUAUACCACUAGAACCAAUCAGAUCACAGUCCCCGCCCCUUAUACCACUAGAACCAAUCAGAUCACAGUCCCUGCCCCUUAUACCACUAGAACCAAUCAGAUCACAGUCCCCGCCCCUUAUACCACUAGAACCAAUCAGAUCACAGUCCCUGCCCCUUAUACCACUAGAACCAAUCAGAUCACAGUCCCUGCCCCUAAUGCCACUAGAACCAAUCAGAUCACAGUCCCCGCCCCCAAUGCCACUAGAACCAAUCAGAUCACAGUCCCCGCCCCUAAUACCACUAGAACCAAUCAGAUCACAGUCCCCGCCCCUAAUACCACUAAAACCAAUCAGAUCACAGUCCCCGCCCCUAAUGCCACUAGAACCAAUCAGACCACAGUCCCCGCCCCUAAUACCACUAGAACCAAUUAG